AUGAUGGAUCCACCAUUCCAAGAGCAUUUUUCUUUACCGGUUGAUGAGCAGUGCAGAGUUCUACAGCCUCCUUUUGGAGUUGAUAGGUGCCUGCCUGUUACCUGGAGGAAAUGUAUGGCAUGCUCCUUGGAUGAACAAGAGCAUGGAGCUGCCAAUGCCAAGAUUUCAUGUCAUAGCCUCAUCAUCCAGCUGAAAUCUGGAAGUAUGCAUUUGAUGGAAUGGUUGAGAUGCCAACCUCUGUUCAUAUGCACCAUGGAAAUGGUAGUGGUCAAGGGAACUCAAUGUGGCAACCUCAUGAAGCUUGGGUAA